AUGGCGGCAGCGGUCCUCAUGGAGGAGGAGCUCCAGCAUAGCAUGGCGACGUCAGAAGAGGAUGCUGAGUUCGAGGAAGAUGAUGAGCUUGCUGCAGGUACUAUGGCAGAUGCAGAUGCAUUUGCAGCCAAUAGUCAGCUGCAUAAUGGAAUGCUGGAACAAAUAGAGGGAACAGAACCAGAGGAGGAGGAGGCGACUGCGACCGACGAGCUCUCUGAUGAGGAUGCCGAGGGCGAAGAGGAUGACGAAGUGGCAGAAUCAGCUAUACUGGACGAGGAAGAAAGUGACGAGGACGAGGACGACGAAGAAGAUGAAGAUGCCGAGGGAGUUGGUGCGGUCAAGAUACAACCGAGACACUUGGAAGAGGAUGAAGAUGUAGUCUCGGGAUCCGAUGAUGAAGAUGAUGUGAGCGUUGCAAGCGGUGCAAGCGGGGAGGACGACGACGAAUCGAAAGAUUCGUCAGAUGCUGAAGUCGAGGAACGAUGGGAGCCUGCUGCCGAAGAAGAUGAAGGAGAGGACGAAAUAGCGAACCCGAAUCGCUGCAUAUUCUGUCAGCAAGACGAGGAGAAUGACCCAAGCGAAGAGUUCGAGUUAUACCUAGCUUGCGGUGUCUGUGGUGACAAUGCACAUCGGCAAUGCGCCCGUACCGCCGGGGCACUCAAGUCAGACGAUGGCGCCUGGUACUGUCCUGAUUGCGUGACAAACAAUCUUGUCCCGAGCACUGUACCAGAAGAGCCUGAGUCACUUGAUCCCGCCGCCAGACGGAUAUCGAGAGACAGGAUCGCAGGGGACCUUCUUCCAUCUCAACGAGCCAUUAAACCUGACUCGCAUUCUGUUUUCAAUCAGCUCAUUGCGCCGGAUGAUCCAAUGGACGGAUCACGCCUGUUGCGCAAGAGGAAAACUUCCUCUGAUGCUGAUCCAGUUGAAGACACCCCUAGAAGGCGAACCCGUGACAAAGAUGCCAGCUCUAGUCAACCCAAAGCGCUAGCAGCAGAUGCGCAGUUAACAUUGGCUAACGGCGGCAUGGAUGUUGAUUCUGCUGUUGAUAAAUCCACUAUCCUGACCAAUGGCUCCAACAGGAAAGUCGAGAUCCCAAUUAGCCCACGAGCCUCAAGGUCCCUAAGGCCAAAGUCGUCGAAGGCGCCUGUUACCAUUCUCGAAAGAUUGCCCAAGAGCAUCAAGGUGAUGUUUAGAGUUGAUCCUAUUGAACUAGAACACAUCACGUCGCAACCUCCAAAGCCGAAGAAGAAAAAGAGUGGUGGCUCGACAUCUCGAUCUGUAGCUGCAGUGUCUCAAUUUGUUCCUUCAAGUUACUCUCAGCCAUUUUACUCCCUCCACGACAAAGAGAUGGACGAGCUCAAGUCCAAGCCAUACGGUGGUAUCCUCAAGGAACAAGAAGCAGAUACCUCAAUGACACUACCGAAACCUGAGCACCGCCGACAAUUCGAUGAGGCUCGCCAAAAGGCUGAAGAGGACUGGAAAGAUCGUGUACAAGCGGCGGCCGAGGCAGCUGCAAAAUCCGGCAUCAAGAAGGCACGCAAGGUGUCAGGGCCUGCAAGCCAGAUUGAAUAUAUCGAAUUUGGCGAGUACCAGAUCGAUAUUUGGUACGCCGCUCCAUACCCGGAGGAGUACAGCAGAAACAAAGCCUUGUUCAUCUGCGAGUUCUGUCUGAAGUAUAUGGAAUCGGACAUUGUUGCUUGGAGACACAAGACAAAAUGCCCUUGGAAGCAUCCGCCCGGCGACGAAAUAUACAGAGAUGGUAAGGUCAUGAUUUUCGAGGUGGAUGGUCGGAAAAACCCCCUUUACUGCCAAAAUCUCUGCCUGCUUGCGAAACUAUUUCUGGGAUCGAAAACGCUCUACUACGACGUCGAGCCAUUCCUCUUUUAUGUCAUGACAGAAUAUGACGAACUAGGCUGCCAUUUCGUUGGCUACUUCUCUAAAGAAAAGAGACCCAGCAGCUUGAAUAAUGUUUCUUGCAUUCUGGUCCUUCCUAUUCACCAACGAAAAGGCUACGGACAUCUGCUAAUGGAUUUCUCCUACCUUUUGACAAGAGUGGAAAAGAAAACAGGGUCACCAGAGAAACCUCUGUCUGACAUGGGCCUGGUGUCAUACCGAAACUACUGGCGACUGGUGCUCUGCUACUACUUCAAGGACUACAAACCACGCGACAAGAUACCUAGCAUUAGGACAAUAUCCGAUGAACUGGGCUUGACCCCAGACGAUGUAAUCUCAGCACUGGAUGCGAUGGGUGCAUUGAUUCGAGAUCCUAUUACUGGGACGUAUGCCCUAAAGCUCAAGACGGAUUACUAUCGCGAGGUGAUCCGACAGCACGAGGCCAAAGGCUAUGCCAAGCUCAAUCCAAUGGGACUUGUAUGGACACCAUACAUUAUGGGGCGGGGGAAUGCAUCUGCUUUUGAUCAUGCACCACCUCUGAACACGGUUGCUCCUCGUGACGAAGACGACGACGAUGAUGAAAUUUCGGCGACGAGAUUAUCGAGUACAAGCAAACGAGACUUCGAAACCUUUGCCAACGGUGAUACUGAUGCCGUUACUGAGUCGCUUGGGAAACUGUCAACGGAAUCUGGCGAGUCCAUUAAAGCGGGCACAACAGAUACAAAUGGUGAAGGAUCACAAUCAAGGCCCAAGCUUAACGGUAUGCCCAAGAAGGUCUCUUAUUACGAAGCGUCUGCUGCCAUUCCUCCAACACGAUUUGAAGUAUUUCCACCAAUUCCUGGCGCGCGCAACCGCAAUACCCCUCGGCCAUCGGCAUCGCGGCCUACUCCUACCCGAAGUAGGUCAGGACUUUCCUCAUCCUCGAGACCAAAGCCCCGGUCACGACCCUCUGGUGGUUCAUCUAGACGUACUUCAGCAGCACGACCCCGAAGCAGUACAUCUAGGAGGAAGAGUGGGGGAACCGGUAGAGGCCCCGGCCGGUACCCGAAAGGUACUUCAAAGGCUGACUUCAAUGGUGCAGACAGCGGUCCCGGUCUACCUCCGAAGCUCUUGAAACAAAGAAGCAGGUUGGGAAACGAGGUACUGCUUGGAGAUGAGGAAGGAGAGGAGGACGAUAACGAAGAUGCUGCUGAGAGCGGAGACGAUGUGGAUUUGGAGGAAGCAGAAGAUGCGGCCGCCCUCGAAACCCCCGCGAUGAAGAAACGACGUGAUGUCAGUCGAGGUAAAGGAUUGGGGAAACCAAUACUUGAUGCCAGGGGAAAGUCAAAGGGAAAAGGUUUGGGAAAGCCUAUUUUACCAGGUAAAGGAAAAGGGAAAGGGAGGGGCAAGAUGCCGCUCGAUGAUGACGAUGAAGUCAUGGAAGAUGCACCAGCCAUCUCAACAGAGAUGGAGUUGGAUGCUGAAGGGGAAGAUGAGUGA